AUGGCUCAUACAGUGGAAAUCCCGGAGGGACUUGGCUAUGUCGGCGCGUCCCUGGUUAGCGUAGUGUUUCUUUUGAUUGGGCAAAGCCAAGUCGUUGCUACGUACCGCAAAAAAGCUGGAAUUGCAUACCCUCAAUUGUACGCAGAAAAGGCAGAGGCCGAGAAGUCCCAAGAUGCCCACCUUUUCAACUGUGCACAACGUGCUGCUCAGCAGACUCUAGAGCAGAUGCCCAUUGUGCUAAUUCUCUCUGCAAUAAACGGGUUUAAAUAUCCCAUUCUCACAGCAGGAACGAUAACCUUGUGGACUGUCUCGCGUAUAUCGUUCACGCGUGGUUAUAUUACUGGAGAUCCUAAGAAGCGUGGCUCAGCUCUUAACUACCUCGGCCAGCUGGGCCUUAUUGGUACAUUUUCUUCAGGUCUUCACUAUACCACGGCUGACUUUUGUUUUAGGCCUCGUGGCAUAAUCAACUUUUAUGUAUCAAAUGUGGUCGUUGCAAGCUCUCAACUUGUAAAGACAUAA